AAGAAAGAGAGUGUAGAUUGGAACACGAGGUGAAUAAGCUUCUUGCCGCUUCCCAUUUCAGGUUCCAUCGUCAAUCGUCCCCUCACGAUGGCCGCCCGCCCCACUAGCACCCGGACCAGCACCACCGCGGGCUCCGGCAACAACAAAAGCUGCACCAGGGAGCCUCUGGUUUGCUGCGGUAAUAUCGCCGUUGUUAGUAACGGGCGCGGAUCCAUGGGAUUACUAAGGGCGCUGCUCGUCUCAUCGUCGUCGCUCCCGCUUCUGCCGCCUCCCGCCCCGCUGGCUCAGGCACGCCGCGUUGCUCAGGUGCUCGCGCGCGCGCUGCUGCUUCUGCAAGAUCCCGCUCCAGCAGCUGCUCGUCUGGACGUGGUGGGGCACACUUGCGCUGGCGCUGGUGCUGACUCGCCGCCGUUGGAACUAGCGCCCUAUCCCUAUCCCUGCCACAACAAGCUCCAAGGUCCAAUUUCGGGAACCUUGCGGCUACAUCAGAAUCUGAUUCCACCUACAACGAAGACGGCGACGACAACUACCAGAACCUCGAGAAACAUAACAGCGACGACGACCAGAGUCGACUCGCAGCUCUAUACGUUUCCACCACCCGAGGUUUUCAGCCUGUCAGCAGCAACAGCAAACCCUCGCAGUAGAGGAAGCAGCGAAAAGAGCGAGACUUUCCCCAGCCCGUCGCCGUCGUCGUGGGCCGACGCCAACAAGAUAGGGGCAUCUGCGAGACGGAGGCCAAAGAAGAGCAAGAGCGAAUACGAGCAGGACUGUAGGACUCUCUGGCGCCAGCAUUGGGACUGAUUCAAGUCUCUGGGAGGGUGGGAAGUCGCCCAACUAUCUCGUCUCAUCGAUAGCCAUUGGCGCAAAGCCUUGACUCGAACAGCUUUCAAGCUGUUUCGUACACAUUCGCACACGCACACGCACACGCGCAACCAUGCCGUACGGACCGACAGGAGCCGGCGCAAAGCCCGCUGCAAAGGCCGCGUUGCCUACCGCCAAAAAUGCCAUG